AUAACAUCCGGACUUUGAAGCAAAUUAACAAACUAGUUUCCAAGAGAGAGGACGCAAUUAUUAGAUAGCGCCUUGUAUGGUUAACAGUUAUGUGAAAUCACACACCUAUUGCAUGAAAAUGUGCUCAAGCACAACACCACACACUCAGUUGGCUUUCCAGUUAAUGUCUCCAUCAGUUUAUCAUGUGAUGUGUAGCAUAAUAGGGACCCCAGAAGAAGUUAGCUAUAGAAGGGAUAUGGUGGACAUUAGCGAGUUCCUGAAAAAUCUACGUACGAGUUAUUCUUGCAAAAAGAUGCAAUGUGGUAGCCACAGAGAAGGAUUCCGAUUUGAUAAAUCAGACAUAGACGAAAUGUAUAUAGUACCUAGGCACCCUGUAAUCUGGGAUAUGUCACAAUUUGGGUUGUACAACACCGACAUACAUAAACUGAUUCUCUGUAACUCUUCCGAGAGUCCACCAGGAUUUACUUUACUUAGGUGCUUACAAUUAGAAAACACAUUCGAAAACGUUAUAAAUGCUUGUGUACGGAAAAAAGGAGAUUUGUAUAUAUCAAGCUCUAAAUUCAGAGAGAUCACAUGUUCUCUAAUAAGACCUAAUUCUACAAUACAUGGACCAUGUGGUAGUGGACUUGUCGGAAGAACAAUGUAUGACUAUGCCCAUUGUUUUGUCAGUGAUUUUUGGCCUCCCACUGCAUCAUCAUGGAUAGAAAGAUGUCAUGCAUGGCCUCCGCAGCAUAUUUCUAGCGACAUUUUCCGAAAUGGUUGUCACUUUGUUGCGAUAGGACACAGACUAGGAAACCACGAAGACAUCGAAUGGAGAAUAUCUUUCUCCCAGGCAGAAAACAAACUUGUGUACUCUAUGAAUCAUACGCAAUUUUUAAUUUAUGGCUUGCUGAAGUUGUUCCUGAAUGAUGUAAUUAAUGCUGGAUUAAGUGAUGAAGAGAAAAUGCUGUGUUCAUAUCACAUGAAAACAGCCAUUUUUUGGGCCAUACAACAAAACAUGCUACCUCAGUGGUGUCCAGGAAAUAUAAUGGCAGGUUUCUGGAUCUGCUUUAAACUUGUUCUUAAAUGGGUGUAUGAAGGGGUUUGUCCUAAUUUUUUUAUUCCCCAGAACAAUAUGUUCUUAAGCCGUAUAUAUGGCGAAGAUCAGAAAAAUCUAUUUAAAAAACUCAAUAAAUUGUAUGAAAAGGGUAUAUCCCUGUUGUUACACAUUUCACCUAUCAGAGACUAUAUCAUUAACAGCCUAAUCUAUCUUGGAUGUAUAGUUUCUUACGAAUACACUAUGGGCAGUGAGCUUUGUUUUGAUUUUACUUUUUUUGGCAGAAAUAGACGAUUGUGAUUCUGUAAUAACCAACAAUCUACAGGACUGUGCAAAAGUCCUCCUUAAAAUAGAACAGUUGAUCUGUUCACCUCUGACAAGUUAUACGACCAUCCUGUUACAAAAGCUUACAGCCACAGUCCUUCAAAGUACU